UCAGUAAGGAGUGUGACACGUCUGAGAGACGUCUACACACAGAGUGCACACACACAGGAGUCAGAGUGAUGGAGAGCAAUAAAGGACUUUUGUUCCGCCAGUUGUUUGAGCCCACCAGCAGUACCUACACCUACCUGUUGGCGGACGCGAGUUCUCGGGAGGCCGUGCUGAUCGACCCGGUUCUGGAGACGGUGGACCGGGACAUGAAGCUGAUCGAGGAGCUCGGACUGAAACUCACCGUGGCAGCGAACACACACUGCCAUGCGGAUCAUGUGACCGGAACCGGGCUGCUGAAGAAGCGAUUGGUCGGGGUGAAGAGCGCGAUUUCCAAACACAGUGGCGCGCGUGCGGACGUCCUGCUGUCAGACGGAGACAAGAUCACUUUUGGAAAAUACUGGAUAACAGUGACAGAGACUCCAGGACACACUGAUGGCUGUGUGACGUAUGUGACUGGAGACAAGGCGAUGGCCUUCACUGGAGACGCCCUGCUGAUCCGAGGCUGCGGGAGAACUGACUUCCAACAAGGCUGUUCCAGGAGACUGUACGAGUCCAUCCAUCAGAGGAUCUUCACCUUACCGCCUCACUGCCUCAUUUAUCCUGGCCAUGACUACAAAGGACAGACCGUGUCCACAGUGGAGGAGGAGCGGACGUUUAACCCGAGAUUAACCCGCUCACUGGAGGAGUUUGUGAAAAUCAUGGAGAAUCUGAAUCUCCCGAAACCGGCCAAGAUCGAUGUGGCCGUUCCUGCUAACCUGGUGUGCGGUCUUCAUGAUGUUUGAGGAGGAAACAACUUUAAAUUACUGUAACAUCUGGACAACAGUAGACGUCCUUUAUUACACACACACACACACACACACACUGAUUAUAUACGGGUGUGUUUAGGACUCAUAUAAUAAUAAAAUAUAAAUGUGUUUAUUGUCAUUAAUCCUGAAUAAAGAGCCUCUGAAACCUGCAUUGUGUGAAACACACACACACACACACACACACACACACACACACACACAAAGUGUUUGCAAGUAAAAUUAGAUCAUUUUACACACACACACACACACACACACACGCACACACACACACACACACACACUUUAACAGUGUGCACUUUGUUCUCACUCUUGUUUUUUUUCUCAUGUGCUCUACAGCGCAGGUGUGUGUGUGUGUGUGUGUGUGUGUGUGCGCACGCGCACUGCUUUUAUUCACCUGUUGUGUCAUAAAUCUGGAAAUUCUAGUAUUCAGGUUUCAACACACCUGUUUAAAACCCUACCCCUUCACACACACACACACACACACACACACACACACACAGUCUUUUUAGGUUAAACCACAUAACAGAAGUCUGUUUGAAGUUAAAAGUGUUUGAACUUUAUGAGUGUUUUAUGUGUUUAGAUGUUGGAGAUUUAAAUUAACUCAAAUGUUAUUGUGUGUGUGUGUGUGUGUGUGUGUGUGUGUGUGUGUGUGUUAUCUCUCUCUCACUUUCUCUCACAUACACACACACACACACAAACACACAUAUAAACUGAAUUUUCUGAUGUGUA